GAGACAAGCAUCUUCUUCUUAUAACCAUCUAAACCACAUGCUUAUGUCCACUUUUUUUCUUUCUUUCUGAGUGAAAAACACUUUAGUCUCCCACUCUUUAUAUUUUGUAGCUUCACAGCAAAAAUUCUCUUUUACUUAUCAGACAGAUAAGAUCAUAUAGCAAAUAUGUUGCAAGAUAGAGUUUCUGGUUCUUUGUCUAGUUCGAAAAUAUCUCGAUGUGUUUUGUUUCUCUCACUCUUUUGUUUCUUCCUCUUGACGAUGCAUGCUUCAGCAAACCGCUUACAGCGAGUUCCAAAUCCAGGGCCUUCCCCGGCACCAGAGCCUAAGCCAUGUCCGAGUCCAGGGCCAAACCCCGCACCAGCGACAACUAAGAGGACACAUAACACUACGUUUCCGGCGAUCUUCGCCUUUGGGGAUUCGAUCUUAGACACAGGAAAUAACGAUUAUAUUUUGACCUUGAUCAAAGCUAAUUUUCUUCCAUAUGGCAUGAAUUUUCCAGAUAAAGUUCCCACCGGCAGAUUUUGCAACGGCAAAAUCCCUUCGGACUUUAUCGCGGAUUAUAUAGGAGUAAAACCAGUUGUACCGGCAUAUUUGAGACCGGGACUGACCCAGGAAGAUUUGCUCACUGGUGUAUCCUUUGCUUCGGGUGGUUCUGGCUAUGAUCCUUUGACACCAAUCGUAGUAAGUGCGAUACCGAUGUCAAAACAAUUGACAUACUUUCAAGAAUACAUAGAGAAAGUGAAAGGCUUUGUGGGAAAAGAGAAAGCCGAGCACAUAAUAUCCAAAGGCCUAGCCAUUGUGGUAGCGGGCAGCGACGAUCUGGCCAAUACCUACUAUGGUGAACACUUAGAGGAAUUCUUGUAUGACAUAGAUACAUAUACCUCUUUUAUGGCUAGCUCUGCUGCAAGUUUUGCUAUGCAACUAUAUGAAUCAGGAGCAAAAAAAAUAGGAUUUAUUGGUGUUUCUCCGAUCGGGUGUAUACCGAUACAGAGAACCACAAGAGGAGGACUUAAAAGAAAAUGUGCUGAUGAACUCAACUUUGCAGCUCAGCUUUUUAAUUCCAAACUCUCCACAAGUUUGAACGAAUUGGCUAAAACCAUGAAAAAUACCACAUUGGUGUAUAUUGACAUCUACUCUUCUUUCAAUGAUAUGAUUCAAAACCCCAAAAAAUAUGGAUUUGAUGAGAUUGAUAGAGGAUGUUGCGGGACGGGGCUACUCGAAUUAGGUCCGCUUUGCAACAAAUAUACAUCACUUCUUUGCAAGAAUGUGUCUUCUUUUAUGUUUUGGGACUCUUACCAUCCAACGGAAAGAGCUUAUAAAAUCUUAAGCCAAAAGUUUGUAGAGAAUGACAUGGGCCCUUUCUAUGACAAUUAAAUGUAAAAUUUAAGAUGACACAUUUGAGAUGAAAUUUGGCUAAAUAAAAGCUGUAUCUCAUUUGGAUUAGUGUCUUCAAAAACAUGUUUAUUGUAUUAUACAUAUAAAUUGACAUGGAGCGAUAAAUUGAGUUGUUUUUCUAAA